ACAUGCUGAAUGAAGUCAGUGACACUCUCAGUGAACGGGACGCAGCGACGUUUUUCCCUUCUCGGUUUGGGAAGGAAGGUCUCACUACAGCCGGUGCAGCAUGUGAAAGUCCAACACAGGCGACUUUUUUGUUUUUACACAUUUUGCAGACAGUCUCUGAUCAUUAAGCAAUUCCACCGCACUGAUUUCUUCACUGAAAUGCCGUCAUGCCCCGCGUGAAUGUCAGCUGGAUUAUUACGGUGCUCGCGGUGGAGCUCGCGACACUGUCCGCCGCGCACGCUCACAGCUGUCACGAGGUGAAAACGGCGUUUCAGGUGCGUCAGAUCGGCCAGCUGAAAUGGGUCCCGGAAACACCUGCUACAGAUGUGGACCUGUCGAUAUGCAAGCAUGCUGGGCCAUCAUGUUGUACGCGAAGAAUGGAAGAAAGCUACAGAGCAGCAGUCCUGAGAGACACCUCCCAGAACAUCAGAUCAUACAGCUUUGAGCUGAAAUAUCUUAUUUCUGCACAUGUCGCCGCCUUUCAGGAUACGUUCCAGUCUCUAAUCACCUUCUCUCAGAAUCACCUGACCUCUUUGUUCGAGACCACAUACUCUUCUCUCAUGUCGUCCAUCUCCCCUCACAUCGUCUGCCUCUUCACAGAUCUUUCUCGUUUCCUCCAAGGCACUGGCAAUGUCUCCGUUGAAACCGCCGUCCACUGUUUUUUCGACAGUCUCUUUCCAUUAGUCCACACUCGUAUUGUCAAUCCUGGCAUGGCUGGUAGCAUCGGCGAGGACUCUUCUGAUGCAAACCAGCUUGGCGACUGUCUCCGCAUGACGAGGCAAGACGUUAACCCCUUUGGGCCGCACCCAAAGGUGAUGGCAGAUACGCUUGCAAGUGCAUUGCGAGCUGGCCGGGUGCUCAGCCUGGCGCUUGGCGUUGGGUUGGAUGUGAUGAACAUUACAGAGACGGCGGAGUUGUCCAAGGAAUGCACUAGGGCUCUGGUGCGCAUGCAUUACUGCUCUCAUUGCCGUGGACUCACCCUGAUCCGGGCGUGCAGUGGCUACUGCCUCAACGUCAUGCGCGGGUGCCUGGCCAGCCUCUCAGAACUCCACAACCCUUGGAGACAGUACGUUGCUGUGCUGCAGGAUCUCACACACAUCGUCGCCGGAGCACACAACCUGGAGCUCGCCUUGCUGGGGAUCAGAGGUCAGGUUGAGGAGGCCAUUCUCUACGCUCAGCUCCACGGGCCCAGGCUAACUGCUACGGUGGAUAAGGUAUGCGGUCACUCUUCAAAUGCUUCUUCAACCACAGUCAGGACGUUUCCUCCGACUUCAGUCACCCCUCCACCUGUCAACAGCUCACAGGAUGUUCCAGGAGCCGAUAAGAUCGGCAUGUUGACUCGCCUUCACAGUUCACUCCCUCUGAAAACCUCCAAGAGCGAUAGAGGUAGAACUCUGAAAAUGGUUGCACGGGAGUUUACGGGGUAUAUCUCCCGGUAUAAGUCUUUCUUCUCCAUACUUCCGGAGGCUCUGUGCGAGGGAGAGAUGGGCGUCGAUGAGCUCAUGUGUUGGAGCGGAGAUGAUGUAGUCAAAAGUUAUACUUCAAGAGUGGUGGGCAAUGGAGUUCGUGCUCAAAGACAGAACCCAGAAGUAAGAGUCAGAGGUGCUGACCCCGUGAUUAUGGAUAUCAAAAACAAACUCGAGCUCUUCAACAUGGAAAUCCAACACAUCAUGCCUGGUGUGGGGCACAGGGAGUCCUGGGACGAGACAGGCAGUGGAGAGAGCAGUGGUGAAUGUGAUGAUGAGGACGGUUGUGAAGGUUCCGGAGACUCUGUGGCAUCUCCCACUCUCACAGAAGCUGAUGUAUCCAAAAAACCAGUGAAGGUCUCCUUCAUCGACUCGCCCAUCACCCAGAACAAAUCUUCGUCAGAUGCUUCUUUUUCCAUGGCCAGCUUCAUCAUCAUCAUCCUCGCUCUGGGGCUACACUGGUCCUUCAUCUGAAAGGCCACAAGCGCAUACACACACAAUGAUCACAUGCACACACGGGUGAACAUCAUAAAGAAUUGUCAGGGUCUCAUUUCCCCCAAAAAUCCAAAAAAAAGAAAGAAAUAUAUUUAUAUUUUGUAAUAAAUGUAUGCAUUUUACAAAUUUGCCAUUUUGACAUUAUGAAUUCACAAUUAAAUAAUUCAUGGUUAUAUUUUUUAUUAGCCAUUACUUUGGUUGGCGCGUUUCCAUUACGUUCAAAUUGUGCAAAUGGAAAUUGUGAAUUGAAAAUACACCUAAUGGAAAUGCAUGAGGUGGUUUUUCAGGCAAUGUGAAAAGGGAUGAUUAUCCAAAAAAAAAAAAACAUCAAAGAGGUAUACUUUAUAAAAGUUAAAAGUCAACCACUUGAGCACUUGAGCAAGUGCGUGCUACCAUCUGUGUUGCCAAGUCCAUGAUUGUUUUUGAUGUUGCGGGUUGUAGUGACCCCAAUAACAUCAUAUUUAGGCAAUGGAAUGCGAAUUUACCAGAGGAACCCUGACUGAAAUAGUAUAUUUUACACCCCAGAAUGUAUUUUUUUUAAGGGGCACCACCCAUGAAACAUGUUUUGGCUAGUUUUGAGUAGCAAUUGGGCAGGUUUUGUUAUGACAACCUGGCAACCCUAGCAUGCAUAUUUACAUGAAAUAAUAUAGUGCUCCAAUCAGUUCUUAAUAUAAUGUAUUAAAAACAUUUUGAAUAUUCAAAAUGACAAUGGGCCCUAUCUUCCUAUAUUCCGAAAUAGGUCUACUUCAGUGUCUGAAGAACGACAGACAAAAGACGCUCCAUGUCUUAACCUUUAAUUAAAACGCAGAACAGCUGUAUCACAUGCGCACUAGUCUAACGAACUUGUCUCUCUCUACUGGAUCUUUGACUCUCUGCAUUUACCCAACAUAAACAGCACUUUCAUAAUGAUUAUGAAGUCUUUGCGCUACACUACAUUCUUUAUUAUUAAACAAAGUAAUUAGAAAAACGACGGAAAUAGUGGGUUCACAGCGAAUUAUCAGAACUUCUUCAGUAAAACAGUUUUAUUGUGCUUUAUCCGGAAACCUAAGUAUGCAUCACAUAUUAAAAAAAAUAAAUAAAAAAAACUAGAUAUUUUGAGCACUCAAUUGAAAAUGUACAUAUAACAUAUCAAUCAUACUUACAAGUUGUGGUUCGGAGAUGCUUGUUGAUCCAAAUAAAGAAGAUAAUGAAGAUAAAAGGCAACAUUUGAGUACGUAUACAGGCAGAAGAUUCGAAAAUAUAAUGACUCGUUAAGGUGAUUCUGAGUCGACUCUUUCUUUUGAGGGACAAUAUCUUUAUUCAUCAUGCACUUUUUUGAUUAAUAACUUUGCAGACUGUUUACAUUGAUGGAUAGCUAACUUACAAAGUGCAAAAGAGAUCUUUUUCAAAAACCAGUAUGACCUGCUCUUUAAUAUAAUUUCUUGUUUCUUUCUUUUGAUUUUGGGGUGAAAUAUGUAAUUUCCUGACUGUUCAUAUGUGUUCUCCCACACUGUCUCCCUACAUAUUCACAUUGCAAGGUUUCUUCAUUAUGUUCCCAGGCCCAUUAUGUGGAAGACUCCAGCAGGGAGAAUAGCUGUUUAAAUGUUAGCACUCUUCACAGACGUCUAAUAUCAGGACACAACUGUUAUCAUCACUGACUGGGACUGUGGAAUGCAUGAGAAAAUAUGUGCAUCUGUGGAAACCGCUCAUGACCACACAACAAAAAGAAAACAGAAUCUGUAUACCUAGUAAGCAAGGGAUUUUACCACCACACACACACACACACACACACACACACACACACACACACACACACACACACACAGAGCAUUAUUGAAUGAAACUAUGAAUGAUAUGCACAUUGUACUAUGUAUAUAGUUUGAACUGGCGCUGAAUUUAUAGGACAACAAAUGUUUAAGUAUCACACAGACUUUUUUUUAAAGGUGCUGUAUGUAAGUUUUUGACUCUACUAAAGCAUAUAAAUACCAUAAUAUGUUUGCAGAUAUUUAAGAAACAUGCUAAUUUAUCAUACUUGUUUAUCUAAAAAACAAUGCUACAGUCAAUUAUAAUCCUUUGAAAAUGUGUUUUCUGGGCCAGAACUGCCCACUGCCAGUUUACCCAAUUGUAUUUCGACACCCCGGGUUGCCAGUUGGUGGAAAACACAGCAUAUUUAAUUUAAUUCAUUGGGCCCUAUUUUAACGAUCUGAAACGCAAGUGUCAAAGCGCGAAGCGCAAGUAAGUUUGUGGGCGGGUCUCGGCGCUGUUGCUAUUUUCCCGGCGGGAUAAAUGGCUCUUGCGCCCGGCGCAAAUCUAAAGUGGGUUGGUCUGAAGCAGCUUCAUUAUUCAUAGGUGUGGUUUGGGCGUAUCGUGAAAUAAACCAAUCAGAGCGUCAUCCAACAUUCCCUUUAAAAGCAGGUGCGCAAGCUCCAUUAUGGAUUGCUAUUAUUAUGGCGUAUUUACCAGGCGCACGCCAGGAGCGGUUCACAGCCGAGGAGACUGAUGUUCUUGUAAGAGCAGUGAAAGACAGAGAAGUUGUGUUGUAUGGGGAUGGGAGAAUAAUUAGCCUGAAUAAUUUGUAAGCUAGAUUUAUGCCUAUUUUGUUCACAUCUUCGUGGCACACCACAAUGAUUUCCGUCAUCUCAUGUGUUAAUAUUUUUUUAGUGUAACAAUUUAUGAUUUGCAAAAAUAACUGUUGCAUCUGUGUAGACAUGAGCAAAGUGUAUGCGCGUUGUGCACGCUAUACAUUAUGGUCAAGCAUGCGCCCUUAAAAUAGCAUAAUGAACAACGCGCAACGCGCCACUGACUUUAGACUAGGUUUUUUCUGGUCAGUGGCGCAAUUGUUUAAUGGAACAGCAAAAUAGCACCAGGGAUUGUUUGCGCCGGAACACGCCUCCUUUUUUGCGCUGAACCGCAGAGGGAGCGCAAGUUCAUUCACUAGUUUAGCGACGUGCUUCUGUGGAGGAAAAAGCGCGCUUUGCGCGGGUGCAAAAUAGGAAUGACACAUGCGUCGGUGUACAAAGUCAAUUGCGCUGGGUGCAAGAUAGGGCCCAUUGUCAGGUAUGCUCGUUCCUGUUGGGUGUCGUCAAUCUGGCAACCCCUGUGUGAAGAGGAGGGGCCGCGAUUAAAAAAUCCCUCUUCAAUAUUUUGAAUUUGGACUGCAAUACCUUGUUCAAUCACUCAGUGUCAAUCCUACAUACAGCAACUUUAAGGUUGUUUCAGCUGUGACUGAAACCCACACAAACACAUAGUUAUAAUAACAUACAUCUUACAAAAUAUUGGCAAUGUUCUUGGGCUUUGCUGUAUCCUGUUUGCACGACAUGGAUUUAAAGGGCUCAAAGCAUCCCUUUAAUACUUAACUUUUUUUUUUUAAUUCCUGCAUUUAGCUUCCAAGUGCACAGAUUUUCUAAGAAAACACACUUUUAACUUAAAGAUGAUAGUUUAUUAAACAUAUUUGAUAUAUUGUGUCAUUUGGAGUAUACCCUGUCAGUUUCAUGAGGUUCAUAUUUUACAGAAUUACAUAUUUGAAAUUGCACUAAACUUGCUUUAUUCAAACUAAAAAAAAAAAAAAAAAACUAAAAAAAAAAAAACAUUUCCCACCCAAAAGUGUGGUACAGGUUUGUGUGAACGUUUAAUGAAAAAGAAAAAAAAAAAAAAAAAAUCACAGAUAUGCAGAAUGCCUUUCUUUUAUAAAUAAUGAACUUAAAGCAAAGCAAUGCAAGAUGUUUAGAGAUACCAAAUAUUUUCUAUAAUAGCUUCUUUAGCAAUCUGUUCAUAGCAACAUAAAAACAUUUUUAUUUCCUAUUACAUGUUAACAUUUAAGAGUCAGUAUUAAAACAUUGCUAUAGUUCUUACACAGAAGCAAAAGAAGGUCUAAUGAGUCUGUAAACAUUUUUUAUGUUUAAGCGCUUUCUUUUUGUUGUUUUUGUUGUUGUAGUUGCUGUGUCUGAUUGCACAUGAAUUGCUACAUUUGAUUUCCCUCAUGCAUCUCUGAUGUGGGUUCUAUAAUGUUUUUAUAUGAACGUUCAUGAAUCUUCAUACAUUCUUACAUUUGCAAGCCAACCAUUUAGCCUCAGAUAACACAGAUACACCUACAGGGUUUUAAAUAACAGGGGUUUAAACCCCCCAAAUUAGAGACAGAACAAAGGGUUUGGGGUUUUACCUUGUGCUUUCCAUAAGGUCCAAUUUUGGGUUGUUCUUUGAGAAUGUCAGGUCAUUAUCAUUUUAUUAUAGCAAAUAUCACAAAUGUAUGUCAAAAAGAUUAUAUAAAAGAUUUUAAAAUGGUAAACCAUUGUCUUAUAUGCUCAGCAAAUAAAUAAAUAAAAAUAAAAUAUUGGGAUUGCAUGAAGAUCUUAGAAUAUUAAAGAAGAAUAAGAGGAUUUCAUCCCCAAAUAAGAAAAAUGCUGUUAUUGUUUAAUAAACUUCACCCUCAGAAUAUUGUUAAAAAGUUCACCUGUUGUUUUAUGCAGAAGAAAGUCAUAGGCUACAAGUUUUGAAUGACAACAGGGUCAGUAAAUGACAGAAUAUUAAUUUGGGUAAAUUGUUUCUUUAAUAUUGCACUCCACAAUGUAUCUAUAAAUAUUCCUUUAUUUAAAAAUAAAUGUUGUUGAAGGACAUUGUGUAGUUCGCACCCUGAAUAGAGUUAUGUAAUGCCAUGCAAAGCCGAUGUUUUUACACCAAUGUUGCAAACUGUCAUUUCUGUGUACGACUGUAAAAUGGAUUGCGAUUACAGCUUGUUUGCUGUGUUUUUUUUUUUAUUUGUUUGUUUGUUCAUGCUUUGGUUGGUACAGUUGAACACGUAUGGCUCAGCGAAUUAAGCUACUGAAAAUCUAUCAGAUAUACACAGCGCAUAUAAAAAGUUGGUUAAACGGCUAAUAAAGUGAUUCUCUGCUCAA